AUGGAUUAAAAAUUUGAUUAGAAAAAUAAGUAGAAUAAAUUAAGUACUAGCAAAACAAAUACUCAUUAGUAUGUAUAAAAUCGAGAUGACUCAUAUAAAAUUUAUCAACCAUAAUAAUAGUAAUAACAAUAUUCAAUUCAAUAAAUGUAACCUUAAACUUAAAAAAUGGUGGCAUAGGCUGAUUAUGAGAAGAUAAAGAAAGUAUUAUAAUGAAAUAAAUAUAGGAAAAUGAACUUCUCAAAUCUGAAUUAUUUAUUACAAAAGAAUAACUUAAAAAUCUUACAGAAGAUUAUCAAAAACUUUAAUAGAGAUAUCAUUAAUUAUAAUAAUAAGUUAGAACACCUCAUGAAUUUUUGAUUGCUGAUAUGUAAAGGCAAUUAAGAUAUUAAUAAUAUUAAGAAUUUAUGUAAGAGGCUAUGAUGCCUUAACAAUAGUUUUAAACAGAUGGAAUGACCUACGAAGAAUUAUUAGAGUUACAAAAUUAAAUAGGACAUGUAUCUCGUGGAUUAACUAAAGAAUAAAUAAAAAAAAUACCAAAAAAAACUGUAUAUACCAGAUAGAAGGAUGCGUAUUAAUAAUUUCUGAAUAUUUAGAUGUUCAAUAUGUUAGAAUGAAAUAGUAAAAUUAGAAAAAAUUAGAGAACUUAAAUGUAAACAUUCUUAUCAUUCUAAAUGUAUUAAAAAAUGGUUGUUAAAUGAAAAGAAAUGUCCUAUUUGUUAAACUGAAGUAUGA